AAUAUUAAUAAUAGAAUAUUACAACAAUUAUUAUUAUUGUUGUUGUGAUUAUUAUAAAUAUCUAGCACCUUUAUAAAAAGGGACAACUUAAUCAAAUAAAAUCAAUUAGACUAAUUUUGUUAAAACAAGAAAUAGAUAUCAUCAUCUAAGAUUAAGGAAUACCACAUAAAAAAAAUCUCCCUUUUUAAAGGAGAUAGAUAUUAUAUAAAAAAAUAAAUCAUUAUUUCUAUUAUUAUUAUUAUUAUAAUAGUAACUAUUUCUAUUAUUACUAAUAUUAUUUCAAACACUGCAUUAUCAUUUUCAGCCAUAGAGAUACUAAAAAUAUUAAUUAAAUGUCAAACCCAAAUUUUUAUAUAAUUAUUCAUAUCAUUUUGAUCCGACUAAAAAAUUUGGAAGAAAAAAAAACUAAACGUAUAUGCUGGAGGCCUCACUGUUAGUUGACCAUUAAAAUCAUUUGGUUGAAUGACGUUGGAUUUCUACUAUCAACCGAAAUUUGUUUGCAAAUGAAAAAAUCUCAUUAGGCACCUUUUUUUGAAAAAGCUCAUUAGGCACCUUACCUCCCCUUACACACGUCGAAUCCGUGUGGAGAAAUCACUGCCAACGCAGAGAAAUAUUUCAAAGCAAUCAAAUCAUAGUCUACUCAAAAGGUAAAAGAAAAAAACAAAAAAAAACAAAAUAAAAAAAAAAUAAAAAAAAAUAAAAAAAUAAAAAAGAAUCCAAAGUACUCAAUUUAAAAUCCAAACGAACUACUAUGCGCUAACAAGCAAAUAAUAAGCGCACGAAAAUGGUACAUCCCAGUUUCACUAAAUUUUUGAUUCACAAAAAGAAGAAGCCUAAAAAUCGCACAAACAGUGGAAAGCACGUUGAAGGAGAAAGCUAGAUAAUCAUACCACGUCGCACGAAAGACGGGUCUCUUCUUCCCUGCUUAAUGGUCUCUACCCCGAUUCCAGUCUUUUUCCUUUCUCCUGCUGCCGUUGAUCACAGUCCUAUAAAAGUUAACUGCUGGUCUGGUCUAUGACGCAAACUGAAACUACUACCACCUCUCUUUCAAACCCUUUGCGUGCUGCACACUGUUCAGUCCUAUGUGAUAUUCUUUUCAUUGUUUUCUGCCUCUUUCUCUCACCCAGCAAGUCGGCUAGUGUUUGAAGGAGGAACUAAAGACCGGUGAAGAUGGUGAACUUCACAGUUGAUGAACUUCGGCGGAUUAUGGAUCGCAAACACAAUAUAAGGAAUAUGUCUGUUAUUGCUCAUGUUGAUCAUGGAAAAUCCACACUCACUGAUUCUCUGGUGGCUGCUGCUGGUAUCAUAGCACAAGAGGUUGCAGGAGAUGUUAGGAUGACAGAUACCCGUCAAGAUGAAGCUGAGCGUGGUAUCACUAUCAAGUCCACUGGCAUCUCUCUCUACUAUGAGAUGACAGAGGGUGAUUUGAAGAAUUUCAAGGGAGAGCGUGAAGGGAAUGAGUUCCUUAUAAAUCUCAUUGACUCACCUGGGCAUGUGGAUUUCUCAUCUGAGGUCACUGCCGCGCUUCGCAUCACUGAUGGGGCACUUGUGGUGGUGGAUUGUGUUGAGGGUGUGUGUGUCCAGACAGAAACUGUGCUGAGACAAGCCCUUGGAGAAAGGGUUAAGCCUGUUUUAGCUGUUAACAAGAUGGAUAGGUGCUUCCUUGAGCUCAACCUUGAUGCAGAGGAGGCCUACCUUACAUUUCAGAGGGUUGUUGAGAGUGCAAAUGUCAUCAUGGCAACCUAUGAAGAUGCUCUACUUGGUGAUGUUCAGGUAUACCCUGAGAAGGGAACAGUUGCCUUUUCUGCUGGUUUGCAUGGAUGGGGUUUUACCAUUACCAACUUCGCCAAGGUGUAUGCUUCUAAGUUUGGAGUUGAUGAGGCAAAGAUGAUGAGUAGGCUUUGGGGUGAGAAUUUCUUUGACUCUGCCACCAAAAAGUGGACCAAGAAGCACACCGGGACUUCUACUUGCAAGCGUGGCUUUGUUAUGUUCUGUUAUGAACCAAUCAAACAGAUUAUUCAACUUUGCAUGAAUGAUCAGAAGGAUAAGCUGUGGCCAAAGUUGCAACAGCUUGGGUUGAAAUUGAAGUCAGAGGAAAAGGAGUUAACAGGAAAGGCUUUGAUGAAGCGUGUUAUGCAGAGCUGGCUCCCAGCAAAUAGGGCCCUUCUGGAGAUGAUGAUAUUUCACCUUCCUUCUCCUGCCAGUGCUCAAAAAUAUCGUGUUGAUAACUUGUAUGAGGGUCCCCUGGAUGAUCCUUAUGCUCAUGCUAUCAGAAAUUGUGACCCUGAUGGACCUUUAAUGCUCUAUGUCUCAAAGAUGAUUCCUGCAUCUGAUAGGGGUAGGUUUUAUGCUUUUGGCCGAGUCUUCUCUGGUAAGGUUUCAACCGGUUUGAAGGUCAGAAUCAUGGGACCAAACUAUGUUCCAGGGAAGCAAAAAGACUUGUAUGUUAAAAGUGUUCAGCGAACUGUAAUUUGGAUGGGAAAGAAACAGGAAACAGUUGAGGAUGUGCCUUGUGGCAACACAGUAGCUAUGGUGGGUUUGGACCACUUCAUCACCAAGAAUGCUACAUUAACAAACGAGAAGGAAGUUGAUGCACACCCAAUUCGUGCUAUGAAGUUUUCUGUGUCACCGGUGGUAAGUGUUGCUGUUACAAGCAAGGUUACAUCAGAUCUUCCUAAGCUUAUUGAAGGCCUAAAGCGUUUAGCAAAGUCAGACCCUAUGGUGGUCUGCACAAUGUCAGAGACAGGAGAGCAUAUAAUAUCUGCUGCUGGUGAGCUCCAUCUUGAAAUCUGCUUGAAGGACUUGAAGGAUGAUUUUAUGAAUGGUGCAGAGAUUUCAAUAUCUGAUCCAAUUGUCUCCUUCCGCGAGACUGUGUUUGAGAGGUCUUGCCGUACAGUGAUGAGCAAGUCACCUAACAAACACAACCGUCUGUACGUGGAAGCAAGGCCAAUGGAGGAUGGACUUGCAGAGGCAAUUGAUGAUGAAAAGAUUGGACCAGGGGUUGACCCCAGAAAUCGGUCUAAAAUAUUGUCUGAAGAGUUUGGUUGGGACAAGGAUCUGGCAAGGAAAAUAUGGUGUUUUGGCCCUGAGGGUAAAGGACCCAACAUGGUGAUAGAUACUUGCAAGGGUGUACAGUACCUCAAUGAAAUCAAAGACUCGGUUGUUGCUGGGUUUGAGACAGCAUCAAAAUCAGGUCCAAUGGCUGAGGAGAACAUGCGAGGGGUCUGCUUUGAAAUUUGUGAUGUUGUUCUUCAUGCUGAUGCCAUUCACCGAGGAGGUGGCCAGAUCAUUCCAACUGCUAGAAGGGUCUUCUGUGCAGCCAUGCUGACAGCAAAACCAAGGCUUCUUGAACCUGUGUAUCUUGUGGAAAUUCAAGCACCGGAACAGGCUCUUGGCGAUAUAUACAGUGUUGUUAACCAGAAAAGAGGGCAUGUGUUUGAGGAAAUCCAGAGGCCUGGCACCCCACUUUACAAUAUAAAAGCAUAUUUGCCUGUUAUUGAGUCAUUUAGAUUCAAUGAAUCACUAAGGGCUCAAACUGGAGGUCAAGCUUUCCCACAGUUAGUAUUUGACCACUGGGAUAUGGUGCCAUCGGAUCCACUAGAACCUGGCACUCCUGCUGCUGCACGUGUGGCUGAGAUAAGAAGGAAAAAAGGCUUGAAAGAACAAAUGAUGCCCCUGUCUGAGUUCGAGGACAGACUUUGAUGUGUCAAUAAGUUAUCUUUGAAACAAAUAUAGUAUAACUUUUUUUUUUUCCUAGAUUUUGUUCAUGUUACUCAAUCUUAAUGUUAGAUGAUAUUAAUCGUAGUUUCUCAAUUGUAAUGUUACAUGGCAAUUUUCUUUCUUCUCUUUUUUGUUUAUUUAUUAAUAUUGUACAACUUAAAUUUCA